CUUCUCUCACUCUCCCAUCACACAUUGAUGGGACCAUCUCGUCUCAAAGAAAACGAGCUCAGGCCUCCCACUGAUUCAGCGGCACCUCCUGCUGGCCUAAAAAGUAUUACUACGUGCGUGUGUGUGCGCGCAUACUGCGGUUGAGGACCUUGUUUAUUCCUUGGCUUGCUUGCUGCCGCAUGCUUACCGUGCUUGUGCAGACGCCAACUCUUCACUGCUCACAAUGAAUCAGAAGGAGAAAACAUGACAACGUUAAGACUUCAGGAUGUCUUUUAAGAAGGACACACCGCUGGCCAACGCCGUGUUCUGGGCGGCCCACAAGGGGAACGUGGCUCUCCUCCAGCUGCUGCUCAACAGUGGACGAGUGGAUGCAGACUGCAGGGACAAAAGUGGAACAACAGCACUGAUGGUGGCGUCCUACGGCGGGCACAGAGAGUGUGUUAAACAACUUAUCAUGCAAGGAGCUGACAUCAACUACCAGAGAGAGACAGGCUCUACAGCUCUGUUCUUCGCUUCCCAGCAAGGUCACAAUGACGUUGUCAGGCUCCUCUUUGAAUUCGGUGCCUCUACCGAAUUCCACACCAAGGAAGGAGGCACCGCGCUCACCGCCGCGUCACAGCACGGACACGCCGCCGUGACGGAAACACUUCUGAAGAAUGGCGCCAAUGUCCACGAUCAGCUGAAUGACGGGGCCACGGCUCUUUUCCUCGCAGCUCAGGGCGGUCAUGUGACUGUCACCCGUCAGCUGUUGGCAUCAGGCGCCAAAGUCAACCAACCAAGAGAGGAUGGUACUGCCCCCCUGUGGAUGGCAGCUCAAAUGGGACACAGUGACGUGGUCCGAGUACUUCUCUUGCGUGGUGCAGAUCGAGACGCCUAUAGAGAAGACGGUUCCACAGCAUUAUUCAAAGCAGCAAUGAAGGGACACAGCAGUGUCAUCGAGGAGCUCCUCAAGUUCUCUCCUUCACUCGGCCUUCUCAAGAAUGGCUCCACAGCCCUCCACGCUGCUGUUGUCGGCGGUAGCGUCCAGACUGUUCAGCUUCUCCUCAGCGCCAACGCCGACCCAGCACUUGCCAACGAGAACGACCAACUCCCAGCUGACCUUGCCAAAAACCAACGCAUCUUGAGGGUAUUGCGUCCAAAAGUCUUGAAUGCUACGACGGACGACAAUCGUUGUUCCUUUCUCCGUGUCUGCCUGUACUGACAUUGUUCUCAUUAGAAGUUGCAUUAAUGGGGAAAUCAUAUUUAACAUACAUACAUUUUGAGCUAGUAUUUCAAGACACCACAAUAAAUGUGAUGUCAUAAUUAAUAAUACAGUAUUAUAAAAUUGUAAAGUUAUCAUCGCCACCAUUGUUUGUCAUGAAAGUUAUAUUUUUCACACAUUUGAUUUGCCUUUUCAACACAAAUACAAAAGAGUAAGUUUGAUGAUGUGUGAUCGUAUGCAUGUUGUUGGAUGGAAAUAAGUGAAUGAGAGGGAAUUGAGCAACCCUUUGGUCCUUAAUGUGUUUUGUCAGUAUGCUAGUGCCAGAUGUUCACUGUGAAAUAUGUCAAAAGCAAUCUUGGUAUUAUUAAAGCAUACUUUAAA